AUGCCCUUCCGUGGGACCGACGACGAGACCUUCGGCAAUGCUCUUCGCUGGUGGAUGUUCGAGCUCCUGAAGAGGGUACUCUACUUAUUGGAGUUCGCUGUCCUUAAUGGAACCCGUCUUUGGGUGAUCGCCUAUGCCGCCAUGUCUCUCUACGCGAUCAACUAUCACUUGUGCUGGCUGUCCCUGAUGACUCCCGCCGAGACGACUUCGCUACAAGCUGAUGAGGACAUCGAAGAGCAUGGUCUUAGAGACUCUCAAGGAAGACUACGUUGGGAUGUCUUCUACCGCCCUCGCCAGUGUCAGAAGCAGAACUGUGACAAGAAGCAGUCAGACAGGGUGUUCCAUUGCACGCGGUUCCGCCGGGACCUCCCUGUCUACGAUCAAUUCUGCACCUACACUGGUACCUUCGUUUACCUCCGCACCAUCAAGCCGUACCUGUACAUGCUGUUCUUCCUUGUGGUUGACGCACUAUCCACUCUCAGCGUCUGCAUAGUCGCCAUGACCAAGUACUCUGUUUGGAGUCUCGCUCCCUUCAUUGGAAGCGUGAUUGUAACAGCAGUGGUCUUGGUGAAGUAUGUCUUCAUGAUGUUCAUGGUCAAGGAUGCUGACGGCAUACCCUACUCUCAAUGCCACAAGUUCGACGAGAAUCCGUGGAAUUUGGGAGUCAAGAGGAACCUCCUUCAAGUCUUCGGACGUUCGCCCUGGGAGUGGAUCUUCUUCUUCCUGCAGCCAGAACGCGUUCAUUCCUACGGCAAUGAGGAAGUUUCAGACCUUCCAUUCAAUGACGCUGUUCUGGCUUUCUACGAGAGGAUUCUCGUCCCGGACGUUGGUGCGCAACUGGAGUCGCUCGAACCUGCCCUGAUUGACCCUCGGGGUCAGCAGCAGCAUCGUGAGAGUUCGGAGCGACCAAGCCAGGCACAGACGGCAGCUGCUACUUCUUCAACCCACGGAGAAGUGUUGCACAGCAAGAAGGCCAAGAGGUUGCAUAUCUGCUGUAUUGGUGUUGUUGUUGUGGAAGGUCUGGAGGUGGUGCGGAGUGGAUGUGGGCAAUAUGCCAACCCAAGUGGGUCACGUGACCACGCAACAAGAAGGAACCGUCGGUCAUCUGCGCCACCGUACGGGUCGCUCGAGCCCUGA